GUGAAGUUGGCCAAUAGAAGGGCCAUUUACCACCCUUUACACUAUAAGUGAUCAACCACUACAAAUAGCCUAUGAUAGCAACUCAACUCCUGCAUUCUUGGUGUGCUAGCUGUUGCUAAGGUUGCAAGAAUGGUUUCAGCUUCUCCUCCACAGCCCAAAGAAGUUCCGUCGGAUGAGAAAUGGGCAGAAAACGGCCCCCCUCGCGAGGCAGAGUGGUGGUACUCGACCUUUCACACCGUCACAGCCAUGGUUGGUGCUGGAGUUCUCAGCUUGCCAUAUGCCAUGGCUUACUUAGGAUGGGGACCUGGAACAUUUGUGAUGAUACUAUCAUGGUGCAUCACCUUGCACACCAUGUGGCAAAUGACACGGCUCCACGAAUGCGUUCCUGGGAUUCGUUUCGACCGAUACUACGACCUGGGACGACAUGCCUUUGGGCCAAGACUCGGGCCCUGGAUAGUGCUGCCUCAGCAACUCAUUGUCCAGGUGGGCUGUGAUAUUGUGUAUAUGGUCACUGGAGGGAAGUGCCUCAAGAAAUUCAUGGAAAUAGUCUGCACCACUUGCACCCCUAUCAGGCAAUCUUACUGGAUUUGCAUCUUUGGAGGCCUUCAUUUUUUCCUCUCUCAGCUGCCUGACUUCAAUUCUGUCACUGGUGUUUCGUUGGCGGCUGCAAUCAUGUCACUAUGCUACUCAACUAUAGCCUGGGCGGGCAGCCUUAGCAAGGGACAAGCCCCGAACGUGAGCUACGCGUACAAGAAGACGAGUGGGGCUGAUGCCAUGUUCAGGGUCUUCAAUGCUUUGGGGCAGAUCACAUUUGCUUAUGCUGGCCAUGCAGUCGUGCUGGAGAUUCAGGCCACCAUUCCAUCCACUCCUGAGAAGCCCUCAAGGGUGCCGAUGUGGAAAGGCGUUGUCUUGGCCUAUUUCGUUAAUGCAAUAUGCUACUUCCCUGUCGCCCUGAUCGGGUAUUGGGCGUUUGGACAAGAAGUCCCUGAUAACGUACUGGUGGCGCUUGAGAGGCCGGCAUGGCUCAUUGCGGCUGCUAAUCUGAUGGUGGUUGUUCAUGUCAUCGGAAGCUAUCAGGUUUACGCAAUGCCGGUGUUUGACAUAAUGGAGAGAAGCAUAGUGAAGAGAUUGAACAUUUCACCUGGAUUUGCUCUCAGGCUCAUUGUUCGUUCUGCCUAUGUUGCUUUCACCCUAUUCAUUGGUGUGACUUUCCCUUUCUUCGGUGACCUCCUCGGUUUCUUUGGUGGCUUCGGCUUUGCUCCUACUUCUUACUUUCUACCUAGCAUAAUAUGGCUGAAAAUUAUGAAACCACAGAGAUUCAGCCGCUCAUGGAUUAUCAACUGGGCAUGUAUAGUUGUGGGAGUGAUGAUCAUGGUGGCCUCCACCAUCGGCGGCCUGCGAAAUAUCGUUGCUGAUUCCUCCACUUAUGAUUUUUACUCCUAAUUAUUGCGCUACUUAAUUUUCACUCUUCUCUUCUGUUGUGUUCGUAGGAUUAAUUAAGAAUUAUUAAUGUUGUUGAGCGUUUAAGGUCGUCAUCUGCCAUAUGUUGUUAAUGUAUUAUUAUUCCAUAUAUGUAAGUGUAUACUAUUCGCAUGUUAAAGUCAUGUCAAUUUCGAUCCACAAUCAAUCAAUUUCUACUUCCACACUUUGA